ACGAAGACUUCGUCGACGGUAUCCUCAGUCGAUCGAAGUACAUUUCAGAGAGUUCACUUCCUCGUCGUCGUAUUAUAUCAACUUCCGGCGGGUGAUUCCGACGCCUGCACGAGAGCGAAACACUUUUCCGGAAUUUGUAUUCAAAAAAAAGAAAAAAGAAGAAGAAGAAUACAUUUUUAGAAAUGAAAAAAUAUUUCUAAAAGCGUAACAAUAUUGUAGGUAUUUACAAGCCGAGUGAUAAGCGACUGCGAUAACGACCUCAAUUCACAACGAGUGUUGGAUAUAAACAAUGUGGACCCGAUAAUGAAGAUAGUAGGUUAAAAAAAUUUACUUUUAAAACUCGUAUUCGGGUAUGCUCGUUCUUAACGAGCAUGCCCAUUAUUAAAAUCAAUUAAAAUUUUCCAAAAAUCCAUUCAUAAUGACAAAUGAACAGAAUGAUGUGGGACAAAUUUCCGAACAAUCACAAGAGGAAAUAGUGCAAUUAACUGAAUUAUUACCAGUUGAACAAUAUCGAAUACAAGAAUCAUCGAAUUAUAACGAUUCAGGUGCAACGGAUGCUUUAAAAGCAUUAAGAAGUUUCUCACAAAAUGAACAGGAAUUUUUUUAUCAAAAAUAUAAUGAAUUGGAAUCAUUGAAUGGAACCGAGGACUAUGGUGAUAAAAUAUGGAAUAGUGAUGAUGAAGAAGAAGAAUUACUUGAGAAAACAAAUACAAAAAGAGGGAAAAAGAUAAAUAUAAAAAAGACUGACGAAAAGAGUAAUAAAGAAGAGGAGGAAAUAGUAUUGAGUGAGGAUUCAAAUUUUCCAAAUGAAACAAUUGAAGAUGAAAUAUAUUCAUUUCAACAUGAUUCAGAAGUUGAGAAUUUGGAGAAGAAAAUUGGUUCAAAUAAUUUGAGAAAGAAAAUUGAUGCAAUUAUACAAGCAAAUAUUCUUUUAGAACAGGAAAAUGAAAAUAAUAAUGUGAUGCAAGAGGCUAAAAAUCAGGAUAAUAAGGAGGUAAAAAAAUAUGUUUGUGUUAUUUGUAAUUCACAAUUUAAAGGUAGUGGUGGUUUGAGAAAUCAUUAUAAAGUUGCACAUGCAACUGGACCACUUUAUAAAUGUGAUGAAUGUGGUAAAGAAUUUCCAUUAAAGGAAAGAUUAAAAUUACAUGUAAGAACACACACUGGAUUUAAACCCUAUAAAUGUUUGGAAUGUGAUAAGAGUUUUGCAAGAGGUGGUCAAUUGGUGCAACAUCGUCGAACACAUAGUCAAGUGAAACCCUAUCAUUGUUCAUUGUGUUCGGGUACAUUUACAUGCGCUGCCAAUUUAACAUUGCACAUGAAACGGCAUAAUGGACAAAAAGAUCAUAAAUGUGAAAUUUGUGGACGUGGUUUUGUACGUAGGGAUGCAUUAAAAAAACACAUGGAAUGUCUACAUCAUGAUGUUAAAUCAUUUUUGUGUGUUAUUUGUAAUAAAACAUUAAAAGGUCAUUUACCACAGCAUAUGAGAACGCAUGCACAAGAUAGGCCACAUGGCUGUGGAACUUGUGGUCAAAGAUUUGCCCAAAAAUCACAAUUGACAGUACAUCAACGAACACAUUCGGGUCAAAGGCCAUUUAGAUGUCUUGUUUGUUGGCAGGCAUUUGCACAUUCAACAGCAUUGAAAUUACAUACACGACGACACACUGGUGAGAGGCCAUUUAAAUGUGAGGAAUGUAAUGCUGGUUUUACUCAACUACCACAUUGGAAGAAACACAUGAAAUGUAUUCAUGGAAGAAAUGAACCCUAUUGUUGUCGUAGAUGUAAGAGUUUUUUUCGUAUUAAAAGUGAAUUGGAGAGUCAUCAGAAAUUUUGUAAAUUAACGGGAAAAAUUAAUGCAACUGAUAAUGAUGAUAAAAAUGAUAAAAAUAUUGAUAACAAUGUUGAUGAUGAUGAUGAUGAUGGUGAUAAUGAUGAUCAGGUUGAAGUAUUUAGUGAUCGUAUUAAAUAUAGAGUGAUGCCAAUUGAAAAAAUGCGAUUACUAUUGGCGGUGUUGUUAAAGAGAAUUUCAAAGCAGGAAAAAUUAGAUGAACUUGGAUUUGGUAAAAGAUUAAUUGAUGAAGUUCUUCAUGAUUCAUUAAUAUCGGCGGGUAAAGUGCCAGUUAAAAGGAAUAAUAGUACAUCGGAAUUUGAUUGUUUAAAGAAGAAUGUUGAAAUAUUUUUGGAAUGGACAGUGCCAAAAAGUCAUUGGGCAAAAUUUAAAAAAAUGAAAAAAACACCUGAAGAAAUUCUUGAAACUCUCACUACUUCUGCUAACGACUGAAAGCAAGAAAGCAGAGGAGGGAUAGAAAAAAAUUGUUGCUAGCGAAAAUUUGUUUGAAAGCGAUGAUCUCAUUUUGUUUUUUUUCUGAGGUCAGUUAAUCGUAUAUAUAAUAUAUUAUAUAUAUAAAUAUAGUCAAAAAUCGAAUAUGAUCAUUAAUGUGAUUAUAAACAAAGAGAAGUCUUUUGUGCCAUGCACCAUCAAUAUUUGCCAUAAUAUAUAAUAUCUAUAUAUACCAAUAAGUCAUUGUAGCUUAAAUUAGAAAAGUGAUAUAAAUUAACAAAAUAAUUGCACAUAUAUAAAUUAAACUUAUUAACACGUGGAGAUUUUUAUACUCAAAAAUACACCAUCCUAAUAGAAAAUAUAUAGUGAAAUCCAAAAAAAUUUUAUAUAACACUAUAAUUUUUUUUUUUUCAACUUCAAAUUACAUAGAAUGUAAAAAAUUUUUCCUGUCUUUUUAUAUAACAAUAUACUGAUUAGCUUUUAAAAUGAAAAAU